AAAGCAAAAUAAGACGGAGUGUUUUUUGUCUACUAAAGUUGGCCCGCUCUCGCGGAACAAGGUUGCUUAAGGCAGAUGAUGGAUACUGAUCCUACACCUGAGAAUGAUCAGGAAGAUCAUUUGAUUGGUGUAACAUUGGACACAGUUGCAAUGAAUACAGGAAAUGAUCAGCAAACCUUAGAAGCACUGCCAUCUGGUGGCUCAACUGUGUCUCCAUUAAUAGAGAAUUCAGUUGGACAUAUGAACAACUCUCUUUCUACUGCAUCAGUUAUCUUAUCUUUGGAUUCUGACCCAUUGGGAGAUGAUGUGGAAGUGAAUCAGCCAGAUUGUGAUACAAAUGGAGCACAUACUGAAAUUGGUGAGAGUAGGGAAGACGACUCUCUUGCUAACAAUGAAGUAGUAGAAGACCAAACAACAGAAGAGAAUGGAGCCACAGAUGAAGUUGUUACCAUGAGAGAUGCUAGUGAAAUGCCACCAACUCCUUCAGCUUCUUUUGAAGACAAAGGAACAGAUGAUUUCUUGCAUGACCAGGAUGACAAGCCUGUCAAAUUUGGCAAAAUUGUAGAUCCUCAUGUGUUGGGCUGCUGUGAAUUCUGUGGAGGUCCAGUAAAGAGGCGUCGCUAUUGUUCUCCUCUGAAGCGAUUCUGCUCUAAGGGUUGCUCUCGCAGUUCUAGAAAAGCCAACCAAAAGAAGAAAGAGGAUGAAGACAACGGACAGGACUCUGACGAAGGAAGCACCACAGGAGUCACUGAAGGUGAAACUCCCCAUAAAUUUACUUGGAGUGAUUAUAUGGAAGCAGCUUUAAGCAAAGCUGCCCCUGAUUGCUGCUUCAAACAUACAACUGUGGAUGUACCAGGCCUUAAACCAGGAAUGAAACUUGAAGCUGUUGACAGGAACAAUCCCCCUUCGUUUUGUGUUGCAACAGUUAUUCAACAGGUUGGGCACAGGGUGCGUAUACGUUAUGACGGCUUUGGAAAGGACAAUAGCAAUGACUGCUGGUGUAAUUUCCAAGCAGAGGAGUUACAUCCCAUUGGUUGGUGUGCACAGAAUGGCUAUCCUCUCCAACCUCCCAAAGGUAUAAACAGUACUCUUGAAGACUGGAGGACAUUUUUAACUCAGACUCUCACAGGAGCUCUGGCUGCACCUCAUGAUCUGUUUAGAAAGACUCAAGAACACUUCCAACCAAGAGUUCAUGGGUUUGAAAUUGGCAUGAAAUUAGAAGCUGUUCACCCAAUGAAGCCAUCAAUCAUCUGCCCUGCAACAGUCACCAAGAGCUUGGGACCCUACUACUUUGCUGUUACUACGGACUAUCAAGAAGAUGUGCCCGCAGUCACAUUUUGUUGCCAUAGUGACUCUCCAGGGAUUUUUCCUGCAGGCUGGUGUUCCAGACACCAAGUGGAUUUGUCUGUUCCUGGAAGCUACACCAAAAAGACCUUUGCAUGGGACAAAUAUUUAACUGUAUGCCGGUCAACUCUUGCCCCUGCUCAUCUGUUUCGGAAAAUGAAAGCCCAUAAAUUCAAACCUGGGAUGAAACUAGAAGUGGUUGACCUAGAGAAGCCACACAUCAUUCGAGUGGCCACCAUAACAAACAUCAUGGGUCGUAUGCUGCAGCUUUUCUUUGAUGGACAAUCCAAGUUCCAGUUUGUGGAUUUUGAAUCCCCAGACAUAUACCCCAUUGGCUGGUGUAAAAGAACUGGACACAUACUUCACACUCCAUUUGGUACAAUUCCUUCUGAUGCAUCCAGCUCAGAUGAGGAAGACACUCUAGUACUGCCCUCAUUUCUGGAGGUCAUGGGAAGGCAGAACCAAACCCAGUCAGGACAACAAGCCCUGGGAAUUUUACCCAGAAAGAUCCCAGCUGUGAGCAAAAUUGAAAAAGAUGACAAGUCUCCAGGCGAAGAAAGUGACAUUAGUGAUGAUGACACAGGGUCAGAACGAUUUUAUCACAACAAGAACCAGAUCUUCUUUAACAAGAGCUGUUGCUAUGGACCCCUGUUAGACCCGGACAAGGUGUCACAACUGCCCGAGGCUACCCCUCCUGGGAAGGUCAGUAGCGUUAUACGCACGGGGCUGGAGAUGGUAGCCAAGGCAGCAUUUGAUCCAGAAAAGGUUAUAGAUUUGAUGCAGGAGGGAUGCGGAGUGCGGGUAGUGGUAAAACACAAAGGCAAGAUUCUUAAAAAGGCGAUUUCGCGCGUGGAUUCGCGACCGAAGUUGGAGCGCUACCUGAAGAGAUUUUGCAGACGACUCAUUUGUUGUGAAUUCUUUUUGAGUUUAAAGCCGGUACCAACGCCAUGCCCCGAUCGCUGCCAAGCUGACGAUCAAGGAAAUCUCCAGGGUCCAAAGGGCUUGAAAGCGAAACGUUCCCGUGAAUACUUUGAAGUCAAGCAUCUAGGAGUCGAGAAAAAGAAGCGAGGCCGGAAGCGGAAGUCGGAAUAUUUACUUCCAGGGGACCCUAACAACGUUGCCACAAGGACCCUGGUGGAGAACGGUCUAUCAAUCGUAGGGGCGUCCUUCAAUGUGGCACAGGGGCAGAAGAUCUCUUCUGCGACGACCACAGCAACGACCACCAUUUUACCUGUUCAGAAUGUUACCGUCACUUCUCAAACCCCUGGGACUGCCGUUGUAAUCCCUCAGGGAGUUUCUCCUGGGGUUUCUACUUCAACAGUUACAGUUGGAAACGUGGGGUUCCAGGUUCCUGGAAAUGUAACGAUGCCCCAUCCUUCACCAAGUACAGUAAAAAGCGUACCAUUACUCGUACCUCAGGGGAAAGUUCCUUUGGCGCAUCCUCAACGUGGACCCGUUCCGAUUAACGCUUUGCCAGGAGGAAAACCUGUUAUGAAAGAGGGAGGUCAGACGCAUAAUCCUUCCAGUGGUAACAGCCCCAUAUCGUUACCGGAUGGCACAAGUCGAAUAGUCACCAAUGUGUCAAGCCAAAGAUUUGCCACAAGUGCCACGAGCUCUGGAACGACCAUCACGUUUGGCCGCGCCCCACCCAACGUUACCAUAUCCAACUGUACUCCUCCACCGCUGACCAAGAUUGCUACAGAGGCCAGUAGCAGUCACGUGACCGCAUCUACAAACAUGGCGGUAGAACCAGCGAAUCAACUUGCGAUUCAUGCAGUUUCCGCUGUUCAAACCGCCAGCAGUGUGUCCGUGCCGCCACCUUACUCUACUAGCAGUGCGCAUGGUCCACCCGUAUCCAGAGCCUCGUAUGGCACGCCUACCACAGGACAACUGUCCGUAAACACUGGCUACAGACCUGCCACAAGUCCGCCAGUGUAUCCUCGACAAGUAUUGAGUCCAAAUCCCGGAGGAGUGAUCCGCCAUCCCGGAGUUCACCCAAAUCCUCCGGGGACGUCAUCUGCAGUUCCAAUCAAACCAGGUGGUGGGACACCUCCUCCUCCCCCACUUGUUCCCAAUGCAAGGGUUGGCCAAGGAGGACGUCCCCAAGGGAUGUACGUUCAAGCUCAGCCGAACAGCAGCAGUAUGCCACCGCCUCGCCCUGGAAUGCACACUCACCCUCCAUCUUACAAUCCCAUAGCAGUUAGGACAGGGGUAGUAAACCACCACCCUCAAGGAAAUGCUCCGCCGCCUCCCCUCAGUAGCUCCCCAGGGGUUUCAAGCUCCAGCGGACAGCCUCACCCAGGUUCGGGAGAUAGGGUGGUUUCGCAAGCGGGCGUCGCAACUAUGUCCCAAAGGCCAAUUAUGCCAAACUAUCCAGGGAUCCCCCGAUCAAUAAAUCCUGGUAUGUCUCCGCGGAAUGCCCCCCUGAGGUUCUCGAGUGUCAGAGCACCCUUAGGAAGUGGGUAUCCCCGGCAUCCUCCUCCCAUGCGUCCCCAGGGAGGAGCUCCGUUGAAGAUGCCCCCCCAUCAACAGAGCUUCAAAUUGCCAUUCCCAGUGCCUACAGUGUCUGGCAAUGUACAGCGAAGUGUUGGAUCCAGUUUACCUGGCAUUACGUUAGUGGAUUCGGUAUCAAUGUCAAAAUCUCACCUUGCGCCAACCCCGAUACAACCGAAAAGUUCCAUCGAGCAUUUACAAGCCCUCACGAACGCGACCGAUAAAGACACGAAGAUAACCGAAGAGAUAACCAUAAAAGAAGAGCAAGAAGACGAAGAAAGAAAAAUGGCGGACGAAGAAGAAGAAGUAGGAGAAGGAGAGGAAUUAAUUGGAGACAAAUCACAAUCGCCUCCGAAGAGAAACCUUUGGUGGCUGAAAAAGAAGCGUAGAAAACGCACACGAUUGACCUACAUUAAGUCGAAAUACCGUCGGAAGGACGAAGAAGGCGCGCCGAGCACUUCCGAAGUAGCUGCCAUGGAGGAAGAAGUUGAACUCGACGAUCUUCCGAAAUCUCCUUCAGGGGAAAGACCAAAGCGAGGCCGGCCGCCAAAGGGCAUUGGGUUUCGAUUCAAGACAGAGAGCUUCUCGAAUAGUGAUCCAGAUUGGGACGAGACAGAAGAGAGAAGGAGAGUAAAGCCUAUAAUCAAAAAGAGGAAAGGACGAAUGAAGAAAGAUUCUAACGAAGUAACAUCACCUAAACUGAAAUCCCCAGGCUUGGGCGGGCCGUCGCAAAUCCCGAUGAUCCCUGGUGUACCUGUGGUUCGAGAGUUGGGUACCGCAGGACCCUCUGGUUCCACCUCGCCUAUGGUUCGCUCGCCGUCAGUUUCUCGUGCACAUGCCCACCAUGGAACAGGGAUGCCUGGCGACAAGCGCAUCACUUCUCCUAAGGGUGCUAAGAUGAUGCGCAUGAGCUCUGGAACUGAUCCUAGAGGUCACCACUCUGCAUCAAGAUAUUCGCCUUACCAUUCCCCGACGUCAAACUCACCCUUCUCCCCCUUGGGGAAUCGACCCAUACGCCCAAAGCCGUUCUGCGUUGAUGUCGGCACUAAUACGUCACUUCCGGGCUGCGUUAAUGGCCGAUCACCAGACCUCCCCGCUAAUCCUUCCACGUGGUCAGUGGAACAAGUUGUGAGAUACGUGCGCUCAACGGACUGCUUACAUUAUGCUAAUAUAUUUUUAGAUCAGGAAAUCGACGGCCAAGCACUGAUGCUGUUAUCACGCGACUCCUUGAUGCAGUUCACGCGAAUGAAACUGGGACCCACGUUGAAGAUGUGUAGCUACAUUGCUCAACUCAAACUUCGAGCGCGAUAAUGCUCACAGUUCUUCCAAGUUUUCACGCAUCUCCUGGACUAUUCCCAGAAAGUUAAAAGUUAACGGGUCAUUUUGGACACCAUUUGGAGUUAGAAACCCAGGAAAAAAGUAUUCUUGAAGGAAAGUUUCCUAUUUUUAUGACGCAUGGACUCAAAAGUUACGUUUUGUACGCUGUCACGAAAUUUGCUCCAAUGGCUUGUUCUUAGUCCGACCGUCAUCUGGUCUCCUUUGCAGCCGCUGUUUGGUCUCGUCACGCAAUGCGCUCUCUCCCACGCUGAGGGUACUCUGGGGAACGGAGUGCGUCGCAUGAUGAAACCGAACACUUCUGCGAAGGAGACUAGCCGUCUUCCUAAAUUAUUAAAAACUGGUGAAAAUAAGAAUUUGCUUUCACUUCAGAUUCAAGUGCUGCAUGGAAAAAUUUUCUUACAAGGGCACGUUAUGAGUCUUUGUGUCCAUCAAGACUCGCCAAGGAGCAGGGAAACCGCCCUGACACAUGACUUUGGGUUCUAACCUCUGUUAUCGACGUGAUAAACAAGUGUAAUUUCCUUGGGAGUGAAACUCCGCAGAGAUUCCGUAAUCGGAGAUAAGACGACUAACACAGCUUCAUAGAGGUUUACUUAAGGGGAGAAUUUGGCUCUGGAAAAGUUAUUUGAGGGAAAGUGUGUGGACAGCUAAAAGUGGUCUGGGGAUAGUUCUUUGCCCACUCUGGUUUUUUUCUUAUUUCGUUAGGGUGAUGUAUUAAAUUGAGAGCGCGUGUCGACUGAGUGACGUAAAACCAAAUCUUAAGUAUCAGCGGACAAUGUCAAUACGUUUAAGGAUUCGUGGAAAGUUCAAAAAAGAAAACGAGCAAACUUCCUGAGGUGUGCCAGACUAAGUCGUGAUUUGCUUUAUUAGCUUGGCUUCUGAUUGGUUCAAGGACUGUUUCGAGUUUUUUUCGGUUUCGACCAUUCAAAGAGUAGGGACUGGGGCAAGUCUUUUUAGAACAAUCACAGAGUAUGUCAAAAGAAAACUAUUGCAAUCCCACGGUACUUUGAGACACUUGAAAAGAGCUUUCACAACAACUCUGAUUAUUCCUAGAUACCUUUUGCAAGUUUGAGUGUGUUUUCUUAUUCUUUCUAUCCUAUAAACACAGACUUGAGAAGUAAAUCAAUCCCAGGUAAAUUAUGCCAGACAGUAAGAUUAAAAUUAGGAAUAAUUACAAUAAAUUAAAUUGAUAGAGGUGUUGUCGGCGCCUACCGUAUGCAGCUCGUUUUCAUUCGCGAGAUUAACAUUUUGAUACUUAAAAAUUGUAUAGAGUGACCUUUUUUAUGUAACAUAAUUUUUCCUGUGAAUUUGAUACUUACAAAUCUAGAGGACAAGUCCGCGGCACUCUUGGAAAGUGAUGGGUGACGUGUUCUCAGGACGGGAAUGAGUUCGGGAUAGAUCGACAAUCAUCGGAAGUUGUUGUGAAGCAACAUAACAUUCAUCAGUUUCCAAGAAUGCAAAGCCAGAAUUAGUAGUUCAGAAGUCUUCUAAAGACCGAGUUUUUGUCAAGUAUUAAAAUUAUUUUUAUUAA